UUCCUGCCCGACCAGCUACUAUAUAAAUGAAACGAAUCCCUAAAAAUAUCUCAAAUCCAUCCUUAUCCAAUCCUACUCCCUUCUCCUCCCACCGCCAUCUUGUGCUCUCCGGCGAAACCACCAUGCCGCCGCCGGCAAGAUUUCUCCAGUCCAACACGGCCACAGCGGCGGCGUUUAAGACCACCGACGCAACAACCCGCGAUUCGGAUGUCGUCGUCAUCCUCGCGGCGCUCCUCUGCGCUCUCAUCUGCGUGAUCGGCCUUGCUCUGCUCGCCCGCUGCGCCUGGCUCCGCCGCUCCCUUUCCUCUUCCAGAAGAGCUCCGCAGCCUACCCUGACACCGACCAAAGGCCUCAAGAAGAAGGCUCUGCGAUCGCUUCCGAAGACGUCAUUUGACGCCGCGGCGGCCGCCGC